GGAGCAGAUGUCAAGAAGAAGCAAUACCAAUUAAAGCUUUUAUUACAUGAUCUUGUCAAUGUGACGUUAGAACAAAGAUGAAACUGUACGUGUUGGUGGGAGCAUUUUUCGGGAUUACGAUUCAGCACACCAAAGGAAACUAUGCAGAACGAGCGGGUACAGGUGCCCCUGUGUAUUUAGCAGCAGUGUUAGAAAACCUGGCAACAGUAGUCUUGGAGUUGGCGGGUAAUGCUGCCCGAGACAACAAGAACACCAGGAUUAUUCCCCGUCACCUUCAGCUGGCCAUCCGUAACGAUGAAGAGCUGAACAAACUCCUGUCUGGAAUGACUAUUGCCCAAAGUGGUGUCUUGCCUAACAUCCAGGAUGUGCUCUUACCAAAGAAAACAGGAACAGCAGGCAAAAACUCAUCACAGUCCCAGAAGUUGUAAACGACAGACACAUGGUAGACAUUUCGUGUAUUAUAACGCCAUCAUAGAGAACGAUGUGUGGUGUGUCAGGUAUAGAUCACAUGAUAAUGAUUGUCAUCUCAGCAGUUAUAGAACACAUAUACCAAAGAAAUGCGCAUUUGGAAUAGAAAAGAAUUUGUUUGAAUUGAUUUCGUGUGUAGUCCCAUAUAAAACUUUAAAGUUUGGAUUAUCUUUAGUUCUACUAUUAAAAUCGCCUAGCAAAAUAUGGCCAUUUGACAUAAUUAU